AUGAUUGCGCAGGUCGUCGGACCGGCCGGAACCAUUAUUGGGCGGGCACCCCGGAAAUGGAUCAUAGCCACGAUAGCCGCAUUUAUGAUCAUUGCUCUGGGCCUACUACAUGGUGUAAAAACCGACUUUCAGUCUUUUAGCCACAAUAGCCCAGAUAUUGAGGAGCCGGUUCUUCAACAUCCAAGAGACCUUGCUACAAACUCGACACUUGGGUUUGAACGUCUCGUCGCUCUGUCGACUGGGCCGAGCUGGCGCACGCGCGGUCUGAACCGUGCAGCCGAUCUCUCCGGCCUCGACUUUACUAUUCCUUUUCAACCACGUAACCCCGAUGAACUGGUGCAUGCCUUUCAAAGCCUCGGCAGCCCGCAAGACCGGAAGCCGCCGGAUGGCUCUGCUCGCGCCUGGCUCUCACAUCUCGACUUGCUCAAAUACAUCAUCGCCUCGGGCUUUGAGACGGCCCUCGUUGUCGAAGAUGACGUUGAUUGGGAUGUGCGCAUCAAGCAACAGAUGACCCUUGUCUCGGACAAUCUACGAGCAUAUCAAGAGACGCCCGAAAAUGACACGACGCCCUUUGGUACCGACUGGGAUGUCCUCUGGCUCGGACAUUGCGGAUCCUCCAUCUCGGAACAUCCAUCCAAGGCGCCAUUAGUUUAUGCCGACGACACUGCUUUCCCUAGCAGUCAUUACCUUGGCUGGGCCCAGCCAACACUGGAGAAGUACCUUGGAGAUGGACGGCGGCAGGUGCAGACUUCGUCCAUGACAGUCUGCUCCUUUGCCUAUGCUGUGAAUCGCGUCAGCGCGCAGAAAGUGCUCGAAGUGAUGGGCAAAGGUGCCAAUGAAGCUUUCGACGUCGGCCUUAAUGUAGCUUGCCGCGAUGGAAAGCUGCGCUGUCUUAUUGUCAAUCCGCAGCUCUUCAACCACUAUGAGCCGCCGUUUACGCAGGGCUAUGUCAGCGACGUGCAGGCUGGUGAUGGCAAGGGGGCCAGCAAAGAAGAAGACGAGUUUGAGCAGAAGAUGGGGACAACGAGGAAUAUCAUCCAGAGCGCACGCUGCAAGGCCUUGUUUGGGAGCGAAUGCGCACAGCCCAGCAACUGUAUUGGGUCCGCCAUAUGCAAGGAACUGUACAACUGA